AUGCGUCCCGGCAGCAUCUCCACCGCUCUCAUUGUCUCGCUCUCGGCCGUCUCGGUCUCGGCCUCGGCUCCCGUCUUCAUGGAGGGAUCUCUGCUGCAGCGAUGGCGGGAUCUGAGAUCCCUGGCGUCCGAGGUCGACCUCAACCACUGCAUGCUCGAGCUGGUGACCACCUACGAUGAAGCAGAUUCCAUCUACAACAAGACCGGCAUCACCAGCGACUUUGUCAACUAUCUCAGCGCUUUGGUCACUGUUUCUGGCGAUGUGCCCGACACGGCCGACUUCCGGGGCGAGCUGAACGAUAUUUCGGGCGAGAUUCAGAUGCUCAACAGCCUCUCUGCACAGGACCCAUCCGGCCGCAGCAUGUUCGGCGUCCGCUCCUGGGGCUGGGCUGCUGGAUCGGCAGUCGGUGGUCUCGUUGUCAUGGGUGCCGUGCUUGCGGCUUUUUACUGA